AUGUUGCUCACACUGAAACCACCGCUCCUGAACGGCAUCGCAAAUGAGUCCGUGCCUCGGGCGUCCUCUCCUCCGUAUCGGAACAUCCCCUCGGCCGCCUCGACCCCUAGGACCUUUAAGAUAUCCUCUCAGUACACCGGCAGACGCGAACAGAUGACGCCCGCUCCCACCCAACACGACCCCCCCGCAGACUCUGCGCACAGAAAUCUCCCGUCAAUGACGAUGGCCCUUCCCGCAAUAAACCAGAUGCCUGCUUCCGUAGCGCAGCUAUCUUCAUCACAAUGGCAGCACUCGGAGGAUUCCACGCGCUUAUGGCUCCAGGCUAAGGCGGAGGAGGAUCGAAGAAGACAAGAGGAAGAGCGGACGCGUCAGGAAAGCUUGAAGCUGGAUCAGCGGAAGAUUGAACAGGCUAUGCUGCGGGACUCGUUGCAAGCCGGUGUACCGGCUUACAUGAUACCGUUCAUUUUCACCGGCUUGGGCGGAGGGAACAUGCAGUGGGCGCAACAGUAUAUCUCCCAAAUGAGUGCGUCGACAUCCCGGCCCCAGCAGCAAAUUCCAGCCUCCCCGUACCUGCAAUCUAUCCCUCAACAGCAGCCGGAAGAAUACCAUCAGCCGCAGCAGCCGAGACCAGCUCCCCAAACGCUACCAAUCCAGCAGCAGGCCCCAAGUCAAGGACAACAACCUGCUUUGGAAGUCCCAAGAGAUAAUCGAAUGAUCCCACCAAAUCCGUAUGCCGCUAGCCGCUCUGUUCCUCCUCCCGUGGCGAGACCGCCUGUACAGCAAACUCCCCCUUCUCCAGCUCAGAACGUUUAUACGCGUGUUCCUCCACCUGGCCAAUCAAACCCCACACCUGCAGCACCACCAACUCAGCCAACACCAUCUCUAUCACGUAUUAACUCGACCGAAAUGCAUAUCCCACCACCACCUCAAAAUUCUGGUACACGGGCACCGGCUACAACCAGCUCACGCACUCCUCACCCCCAGCAGAAUGCCUCCAUUAAAGCAGAAGCACAGCAACAGGCCCAAUCCUCCCCCUCUAUAUACUUUCACCACUGGGUCCCGCCUUCUAAUCCAAAUACACCAUCUGGGAAAAGCCCUAAUAUCUCUCCCAACACAGGCCAUCCUGCUUCACACCUUCGUUCAGAAUAUCAAAACUCGCCAAGGAAAAGGAAAGCGCAAGGAAACCACCAGCCUCCUCCCCCGCCUACGUCUCAAUUCAACGACUCAAGCUCCACAGAUCCAUCGCCUGGCGGUAGGUCACAGCAGUUAGGGAGACGGAAUACCGUCCAUUCGCGUCAUCGAAACGGCUCUAUGUCCCAAAAUAAUGAUAUUCCCGUUGGCAACCAAUCCCGAUUCCAGGAGGACCUGGCGGGCAGAUGA